AUGGGGCAGAGGGAGCCGAUAUGGGGUGGACAGAGCCGAUAUGGGGCAGACGGAGCCGAUAUGGGGCUGCCAGAGCUGAUACGGGGCAGACAGGGCCGUUAUGGGGGCAACACAGCUCACCCACAGCAAAUACAGCCCCUAUAGGGCAUGUGGAGCCGCUAUGGGGCAGACACCGCUGCCAUAGGGCGGGAGGACCCCAUAGGGCUCCCACGCAGCCCCCCAGCCCCAUUCCCCCCCCCAUUUCCCCCCCUAUUUCCCCCGGAAUAGGCUUACGGGGCCGAGGCGGCGGUGCUGAGUCACGCCCCGAAAUGCUGAGUCAUGGCCCCGCUGUCGCGCCCCUCCCCCCCCCCCCAGGGUACACGGUGACGGUGCUGGUGCGGGACCCCGGGCGCCUGCCCCCCCAGGCCCCCCCCCCAGCCCGGGUGGUGGUGGGUGACGUCCUGGAGCCCGCCGACGUGGCCGAGGCCGUGCGGGGCCAGGACGCCGUCGUCAUCAUCCUCGGCACCCGCAACGACCUGGGCCCCACCACUGUCAUGUCCGAGGGCACCAAGAACAUCGUGGCCGCCAUGAAGGCCCACGGCGUCCGCAAGGUGGUGGCCUGCCUGUCCGCCUUCCUGCUGUGGGACCUCCAGAAGGUGCCACCCCGGCUGCUGCCGGUGACUGAGGACCACAUCCGCAUGCACCGGGUGCUGCAGGACUCAGGGCUGGACUGCGUGGCCGUGAUGCCACCGCACAUCGCCGACGACCAGCCACUGACCGGGGACUACACGGUGUCCGUGGGUGCCACCGCCGGUGGCUCUCGUGUCAUCUCCAAGCACGACCUCGGCCACUUCUUGCUCCGCUGCCUCCACACCUCGGAGUACGACGGGAAGGGCGUCUAUGUCUGCGGCCACUACCCCAAGGCCUAGGGACGGCGGGGACGCGGUGGCCCCCCCAGGGCGGUCACCUCCCCCCCCCCCGGUGACAAUAAAGGGUCUUUGGUUUGCUCC